AUGGAGAAGAUUCCGGGGGUUCCUCUCUCAAAGGUGUGGUGGCAUUUGCAGCCAAACAAGAAACUCAAGAUCCUUUUACAGGUUGUCGACUAUCAGAGGAGAUGGACCCACACCAAGUUUACUGGAUUUGGGAGUCUAUACUAUGCCAAAGAUGUCGACCCACGACGCCAGGAUCCGCUAUAUGUCAAGGACGGGGAAGCCGUUACGGAUUCUCAGUUCGCGAUCGGCCCCUCUGUCGCGCGGGAUUCUAUCUUAAAUUACCGGGAAGCUAUUGGUCUUCGCGAAAUGGCGGCCAUCAAAGAACUUAACCAUGUGCCAAAACAGAUGGCAAUGGUGUACGGCCCUGCACCUUUAUACCAACCUACCACGCAGAAAAAAUUCGCAGCCCUAGGCUACUAUUUUCAGAUCCUGGAGCCUUUGCUGUGUGAGAAUUCUUUGCCAACCGAUGGUCAUCUAUGGCACAAUGAUCUACACCAUGAAAACAUUUUCGUGGACCCAGAAGACCCCCUAUUUGACCAUUGCGUCGACCCUUGUUUUCUCAACUACAACGGCCCCGAUGUAGGGGACAAUCUUGGACGCCCAGCAAUGCCUGAAAGCAUCAAAUCAUUGCAAGGCGAGGAAAAGACUGCGGCACUGAAUGAAUUUCUGAACAAGGCACUCAUGAUUGCCUGGCGUAGCCUGGUUCGGAGCAAGAAUCCAGAACAGUAUCGCAUGACCAGACUUCAACAAUCCCCAAGUGCAAAUCUCCUCCAUCUUUCUCGCCGCAUAUUUGAACUUGGAGAAGCUCACUUCUGCGCACUACUGCUUGACUUGCAGCAUGAAUGGAGAGAAAAUUCUCAAUCCAACUCAAACGCCCGUCGAUUCCCCCUCACGUUCACGGAGCCUGAAACCAAUGAAAUCGAAGCGGACAUGCGACGUGCGGACUUGGGCAUCAAGUUAAUGAAGGAUAUUGAACGCGAUCUGGGAAAUCUAUGUCCUGAGAAAGGCGUCAUGGAACAUGAAAACUACGAGCAAGUCAAGGCAUUGCUCAAAGAGCGAAAGGAGGAACUCAUCGCCCAGUAUUGCACUCUUCCAGGUUGGGAUACAGCUGUCUUUGAGCAACCCUGGCCAUUCGACGAUUGA